GUUCUUUGUCAGUCAUUGUUUGUGCAAGUAUGGUGUUGUAGUGCUUGUUUGCUGGUGUAUAAAGAGUCUCUUGAUUGUAACUUCAUCUGUUUGGUCAUGCAUUGAGUCUUUGAACACUUUGAACAGUUGAAGCAAAAGCAAAAGCAAAUCUCGGGUAACCCACUUCAAACAAUAAGAUAAUUGAUUCCGUUUCCAAGGUGAUCGGCACCAUGACGCCUGUCAUCUUCAUUUUACUCCUCUCUGUGUGUGUCAUGAGUUCUGCUUCAGGCUAUGCAAUUCCAGAGAUCAUUGUAGGCCUACAGCCUGAUAACAGCACUGAUGCUCUCUCCGUUCAUGAGCUCAUUGUCCAGUCUGAGACCAGGACUGAGGACUCCUCAGCCCUUCGAGGAAGUUGUCCUAAGGAUUGGGAACUAUACGGUCAGCGCUGCUUCAGAUUUAUUAGCACAGCAAGGACAUGGGCAGAGGCAGAGCGCUUCUGUUUACUGCUGGGAGGCCAUCUGGCAUCUGUGCACAGUGUUGCAGAAUAUCACUUCAUUCAAGGACUAAUAGUGACACAAACUCAUGAUUCAACUCCCUCUUGGAUUGGGGGUUCGGACGCCCAGCAGAACGGAAUCUGGUUUUGGAGUGAUGGGUCCAGAUUUACAUUCACCCUCUGGAAUCCAAGUGAACCCAAUAACGUUAAUGGUGCGGAGCACUGUCUUCACAUGAAUUGGGGAGGAGGUUUGGGUUGGAACGACAUUCCCUGUUCACAAAUACAUCCAUCUGUCUGUGCAAGAUCAUAUGUAAACUGCAAGCUCAUUGUCCAGUCUAAGAACACGACUGAUGACUCUCCAGCCAUUCAGGUUUACUCAGGAACUUGUCCAGUGGGCUGGGAACUAUACAAUCAGCACUGCUUCAGAUUUAUCAGCUCUUUGAAGACAUGGGCCGAGGCAGAGCGCUUCUGUUUACUGCUGGGAGGUCAUUUGGCAUCUGUGCACAGUGUUGCAGAAUAUCACUUCAUUCAAGUACUAAUAGUGACGCAGACUCUUGAUUCACCUUACACUUGGAUUGGGGGUUCGGACGCCCAGCAGGAGGGAUUCUGGUUUUGGAGUGAUGGGUCCAGAUUUGCAUUCACCUACUGGAACUCACCCAUUCAACCUGAUAACGCCGGUGGUGCCGAGCACUGUCUUCACAUAAAUGCGGGAGGAGGUCUGCUUUGGAACGACUAUCCCUGUUCAAAUGCACUUCCAUCUGUUUGUGCAAGAUCAUAAUAUGUCCACUGGUUGUCAUGGCAGUUGUGG